AUCACGGCGUGAACAAAAACGAGACGUUGCUGGAGGUGUUUUAUAGUCCAACAUAUGAUAAUUAAUAAUUCUAUAAAUCUAUUGGAGGAAUUUAUGAGAUAUAUAGACAGAUGAUAGACGAUAGAUAGACAGAUGAUAGACGAUAGAUAGAUAGAUAAUAGAUAGCCAGAUAGAUAGAUAGAUAUAUUCCAGAUGGAAAAUUUUACUUUAGCAAGAAAAUAGUAAUUUUAUUCUGACUAUAUUAAAAUGUACUUAAGAAUUCUCUUUGAUAAAAAACAAGUGCACUGGAUUCAAUUUUCUUCAUAGCCUGUGUAAUACACCAUCACUUGCUUCUUCCUACAUGACAUUGGUCAGCCCCAGACAGUGGGCAGUGUAGCAUUGCCUGCCCAUUUCUUAUACAACCUGUGAAUAUAAACGCUGGAUGUUGAAGAAGGAAACCGUGUCUGCUUAGCGAAAGGAAUGACAUUCAAUGGAUCCCAAAUAUCAGUGUGUGGAGCUAAAUGAUGGUCAUUUCAUGCCUGCAUUGGGAUUUGGCACCUGUGCACCUCCAGAGGUUCCUAGGAAUAGAGUUGUGGAGGUUACAAAAUUAGCAAUAGAAGCUGGUUUCUGCCAUAUUGAUUCUGUUCAUUUAUACAAUAAUGAGGAGCAGAUUGGACUGGCCAUCCGAAGCAAGAUUGCAGAUGAGAGUGUGAAGAGAGAAGACAUAUUCUACACUUCAAAGGUGGAAUGUCAUCCUUACCUCAACCAGAGCAAACUGCUGGAUUUCUGCAAGUCAAAAGACAUCGUUCUGGUUGCCCACAGUGCUCUGGGAACCCAACGACAUGAACUAUGGGUGGACCAGAACUCACCAGUUCUUUUGGAGGACCCAGUUCUUUGUGUCAUGGCAAAAAUUCACAAGUGAUCCCCAGCCCUGAUUGCUCUGUGCUACCAGCUGCAGCGUGGGGCUGUGGUCCUGGUCAAGAGCUCCAAUGAACAGCAGAUCAGAGAGGACAUGCAGGUGAGGAGUUGGGUGGGCAUUAGGACUCCUGCAUUGUGUCCUUCACACAUGUGCUUCCUGUAAGGUGAGAGCAGGAUACCGUUGGACUAAGUCCAUUUCCUGGUUAUUUCCUAUGCACAAAUGCUUUGUGUACAUCCUAAAGGUUUUCUACUCUACCACAGAAGAGGCAGCAUGGGUGGAGAGAAUUAGGAUGGGACCAAAACCAGAGAUUUGGGUUUCAACAUUAAGUUGGCAAUUUAUUAUGCAUUCCUGUGCUGGGGACAUCUGCUUUUCUUGAUUUUCUGAAAUGAGUUGGAUUAGGUGUUCUCUAGUCUCCAAAUCAUUGCUGAUUUUUUUCAUUUCCUUCUUUACUCAGUAUAAAUUUCAUAUAUUCUCUUAGAGUUUUCUUUAUAGUAGUACCUGUUAAAGUCUUUGGGUAUUUUUAUUAGUUUGCUUGUCUCUUCCUAUGUGUAGAAGACCAUAAUUAUACUAAUAUGUUUGCCCCAGAAAAAGCAUUUCCUGAUCAACUGUUCUACUUGCUCACCUCAUGACCCCUGAAUACUGUCUAUUUGCAGCUGUGUUUGCUUGUCGUUAUAAAAAAUGUUUUCUGACUGAUCUUUGAGACACAUAGAUGUUAUGCUCAGAGUUCUACCCUUUGAAUAAAUUUCUCUUGCUUAAGUCUAGGUUGGUUUCUUGAAUGGGAUUGUUCCGUGUUUCAAGGGUUGCUCAGUCUAAGGCUGGAUCAAGUUCCCGGGGAAGUGGGGAAACAAGAGCCUGACCAAGUGUGGUCAAGUCCAGGUGGCCGGUAUUGUGUCUACACUUUCUUUUCCAUUUUAAAACAAGUGAUUUCCUUUUUCUGUCUCAAGCAAUUUUCUAGAAAUAUUUUAGAUUGAUGAGUGCACAUCUUUCUUUUGAGAAGUGGUGCAGAAUAGAAGAGGGGUGGGAUGGAGAAGAAGCAGAGCUCAGGUGGAAGAGGUCCCAGGCCAGGUGCACCUGGAAGCCGAUGAGGAUAGAAAUGCCUCCCCUAAUGCCAUCCUUGCCUUUGCCCCUUGCAAAGUCCUUGGAUUCCCAGGUAGAAGCUGCUGUCCUGGGAAAGGUUAAUGUGAGUAUCACCUGCCUUUCAGAUUUUUGACUUUGAGUUGACUCCAGAGGACAUGAAAGCCAUUGACAGCCUCAACGGAAAUCUCCAACAUGCUAAGUUACAAUUGUAAGUGAUGCUUGCAGAUUCUUUCACAGACCAUUUUCUGCAGGAUGCACAAAAACAGAGGGACACAUCUUUCCUACAUCAGGAAGACAGGCCUGAAUUCAGGCAUGGGGUGAAACAGGAGAUUCACUGUAGCCCUCAGACCAUAGGUUUCCUCCAGGGCUCAAUUUCUGACCCAACAGGAAUGUUGGUCUGUAAGUAACACUGCCUAUGUCUGCACCAUUGUGAAUCACUUUUUUUGAUGCCCUCACUACCUGUGCCUGGGUCCUAUGCUUUGGACCCUCUUACCCAUUAGACUAGAAGGCACAGGGCUGUCUUAAUUUAUGCUAAAAAAAGAAAAAUUAAUAUGAUAACAAAUAUGUAAUAAUGACUCAAACCUGGUCCCUCUUCGUGUCUCCACCGAGGCAACAUAAGACAUAAUUUUAAUAUUUUUAUGGAGAUGGGCCCAGGUAGGUAAAUGUGCAUAGGUCCUAGGGAAGUCACAGUGGGCCCUGCUUCCAUGUCCUCCCGUAAGAGUCCAGUGGCAUUUCUCCUUAAUGUGGCAUUACCUUUUCAGGACACCAUUUAUAUCUCCCAAAUUUAUGUCUUCCUUGGCUUUCUUCACCUGUCACAACUCUCAUUUUCUCAGCUCUAUAAAUCUCACCAACCUGAAUGAUAAAUGAAUUAUGAAAUUAAUAGACCCUCAGUGCUAGUGACUGAGGUGUCCCCUAUGGCCUCUACCAAGAUAAGAUCCUCUAGAGUUUCUCUGGAUCCUCAGGGCAAGACUCUUACUCCAGUGUCAUCUUUGUCCAUCUGAAGCCCAUCUCUGGGGAACCCAACAUCCCUUAACUUUGGUUUGUUCACAAACGUGACGUUCCAUUGGAUUAACUGUGGCAGGAUCUCAGGAUUGAGGAGAAAGAAGAGGAAUCAAACACAAAGAAGUUUGGAGGGGAGUGUAGAAAUAGGGAAAAAAUGAAAUUUUUUAUGUGUGUUUGCACCCGACAGAGAUUUUAUAUGCAAAAAUCAAAAAAAGAAAAGCCUCUAUGUCUUUUUAUGCUUCACUUAAAAAAAAACCUGGAUUGUUGUAGAGCAUAUUAACUUAAAAUUCUAUUUAUAAUCCCUUAAUUCAUUAUAUUACUUAUACAUUACAUAUAUAAUAUCAUAAUUAGCAUGGCUUGGAAAUAUAUGCUCAUUUUGCUGCUUAGCAAUGUAAUAGCAUCAUAUUUUCCACUUCUACACUCCAAACUGGUAGAAUAAUUACCAAAAACUAAAAUAAAAUAAAAAUAUGACUAUUUCAGAAAUAGGAAAAAAAUUUUAGUUAUGAGAAUAAAGAUUCAGUCCCCCCCAAAAAUAUGUGAACAGUCUCUCUUCUUUUUGUGAAACCAUACCAGGAUUCUGAGAGAAGACAUUUUUGAAUGAACAAAAAUGUGGGAAGUGACUUUUACAUACUGAAAGGCUUUAAGUAGAAAUCUGUGGCCUCCCUCAUGAGAGUGUUUAGCCUUGUCUUACUCAUCUCUGUGACCCUAUUCAAUAUCACAGCUCCUGGCACACUAACUACUGAAAAGGUACUCAUUAUUCACAUUCAGUUGGAAAGGACAAAUUAUAAAAAUGAAAAAAAAGAACACAGGAAAAGGAAAACAAAUAAUACUACUAUUACUGAAUAACAAGAAUUCUUACAAUUAAUCAAACAGUAAUCACUUUUUGCUGAGACCAGCUUGAUCGUGGAGACCCUAACCCAGUGGCACUAGAGGAAUUAAAGACACACACACAGAAAUAUAGAGUGUGGAGUGGUAAUCAGGGGGCUGACAGCCUUCAGAGCUGAGAGCCACAGAGUCUUACCCACAUAUUUAUCGACAGUAAGCCAGUGAUAAGCAUUGUUUCUCUAGAUUAUAGAUUAACUAAAAUGGGAAACAAAGGGUUGGGCUCUGGCUAGUUAUCUGCAGCAGGAACAUGUCCUUAAGGCACCGAUCGCUCAUGCUAUUGUUUGAGGUUUAAGAAUGCCUUAAGUGGUUUUCUGCCCUGGGUGGGCCAGCUGUUCCUUGCCAACAUUCCGGUAAACAAACAACCUUCAGUGUGGGUGUCAUAGCCAUCAUGAGCAUGUCACAGUGCUGCAGAGAUUUGUUUAUGGCUAGUUUUGGGGCCUGUCUAUGGCCAGAUUUGGGGGCCUGUUCCCAACAACUUUUUGCAUGUCUAGAUAUUAGAGAUACAUGUUAAUGGGAUGCUAGCAAAUCCUCACUGUACCUUCGGAAAAACACUUGCAUUCGCAGAGUGGGAAAAGAAUUAUAAAUUAAUAUUCUUUUUUUCUAUUUCAAUGCUGCUAAUCACCCUUGUUAUCCAUUAUCUGAAGAAUAUUGACCAUGAGCUAUUGAGUGAUACUAGCAGAAUUUCUUCCUUUUAGGCAUCUUGGAGUGGAUCUCUGUAUUUGGUGAGGGGAUUAGAAAGCAGAGUCUAUAGUUUCUGUUCACCUGCCUUUCACUUCUUCACUUUAUGAAAUAACAAAGAUUUGAAUAUGAGGAUGUUUGUUUUUCUAAUUAUUUAAAAAGUGUGCAUAAAUAACAUAAAUAUUUAGAAAAUAGAAAAGAUAGAGAACAAAAAUAAUGUGUAAUUCUUCCAUUCCAGAAUAAUUUACAUUUGGUGUAUUUUUCUUCAUAAUUUUCCUAUGCAAAUAUUUAUGCUUGUUUUGUGCAGUUUUACAAUCAUGAAAUCAUCUUCUACAUGUAGAUUAUGUACUUUUAUAUAUAACAGAAGUAACAAGUAUUUUUCCAAGCUAUCAAAUAUUAUUCAAAAAUUUCAAAAUUUUACUGAUUUUAAAGCAGUGCAUCUCAUUAAUUUAUUAAGAUUCUUAAUCAUCUACCCAUGUUCUGGCAUGGUGUUAGUUCUUGCUUACUGUGCCAUUCAGUCGUUUAUUCAUCUAGCGAAACUUUAUUGAAUAUUCAUUGUGUGCCAAACAUUGUUUUACCAAUAAAUAAAGUAGGCAAAAAUGAAAUAAAAUGUAAAUGCCUUGAGUUUAUAGUCUGGUAGAGGAUGUAGAUUAUGAAUGAAACAAACCCUGUAAGGAGUGUGUAAUUGAUCAAAAUUGGUAAAUGCCUAUUGGGAGACCAUUCUGCAAGGUCUUUCACACUUCUGCAUAUUUGAUAAGUAGGGGGCACUGACUUCCCUGCAUUCCACCUGUUUUUUUUUUUUAAAGAAAUUUAUAGAGUGAACAGUGUUGGCAUAUAGACAUAGCAUUUUUCUUCAAGGAAAUGGAAGGCAUGUUUACUGUCCGGUAAUAGAAAGAAAACAAAAUAUCUCCCUCCAGUCAAAUGGCAGCUAUAGCGGCCAAGGGAAAACUUCCCCUUUGCUCUCUGAUGUUUCACUAAAAAUCAAUUGAUGAUUGGCAGAUUAAUAAGAGAACCAACAUACAACUCUAUUAAUGCCAGGACUCAGCAAACAAUGCCCCAAAUAAAGGCUUCAGAAGCAAAGGUUUUUCUACGAGCUUCUCUCGCCCUCUUAUAUCUCAAUCCUCUUUUCCUCUAAACUAGUUACAGAAACUAGAAUCUUUCUUCCCCAAGGUAGGUCAUAGGAAUCAGAAUCCAUUUUUCCCAAAGCCAGCCAUAAAAACUAAAGAUACUACUCUAACUUUCCCUCCACCUUUCUGUGUAAAUUAUGGCCAUAACAAUAAUUAUCUGACCUAUCUUGUUUGACUCUAGGUCAUAAGACUCCCAUUUCACAGAAGGCCCUGCCCCACAGCCAGAAGGAAGGAAUGCUACUUAGGCCAAGAAGAAUCUAGACACAUAGGUUGUACAAGACGUAAAGUCAACAGAAAUUACCUUGAAGCUUUAAGUUUAAUGUCUGCUUUGCUGGAAUUCUGAUUUCCAUGAGUCCUGUUUCUCCUGUCCCUACCCCUGCCUUUUUUUGGUUAACUUCCCUUUUGAAAAAGGAAUGUUUACCCACAAUGGAUAACAUGGUUGUACUUUGGAAGUAAAUAACUUAUUUUUGACUUCAUAGGCUCAUAACUGGCAGGAAGUUGCCUUGAGUCUGAUAUGAAUUUUUAUACUUUGGAAUUUUAAGUUGGUGCUAGACCAAGUCACAACUUUUGGGAACUAUUUGGAUGAAAUGGCUACAUUUUGCAUGUAAGAAGAACAUGAGGUUAUGGAUCAGGGGCAGAAUGCUAUGGUUGGCAUAUUUGACCCUCCUAAACAUAUGCUGAAUUUUCGAUGUAGGAGGUGAGGCCUAGUGAAGUCAUUAUGGUCGUGGGGGCAGAUCUCUCAUGAAUGGCUUGGUACUCUCCCUGCAGUAACAAGUAAAUUCUGGCUUUAUUACUUUUUUCAUAGCUGCUUGUUAAAAAGAGCCUGGCACCUUACUUUCCUCUCUUGCUUUCCUCUCUCACUCUGUGAACUCAGAACCUGCUGGUUCUCCUUUCCUUUCUGCCAUGAGUGGAAGCAGCCUGAAGACCUCACCAAAGGCCUACGAGAUGCCAAUGCUGUGCUUCUUGUACAGCCACCAGACUGUGAGCCAACAAACCUCUUCUUUAUAAAUACUCAGCUUCAGGUAUUCCUUUAUAGCAACACAAUGGACUAAGACAGUUUCUAAUUUCUCUACACACCUAGAACCAGCAUGUCCUGAGUGGGUGAUCCUAAUACCUGAUAAUCACAGACAUACCAUUUGUGACAAAGUUUUCCAAAUUGGAGACAAUCUGGAGGGUAUCAAUCCUACCCCAGGUCCUGGCUUGCUUCAGGAAUCCUCGAUUGAGGGUGGAUAUGUUUCUUCCCAUAUCUCCAUGAACCAGUAUCUCCUAUAGUUGAAGACCACCCUGGAGCCAAAUGUACAAAUAUGUCUUGUUAUCUGAGGGCAGCUCAAGUCCGCUACCUCAUUGUUUGCUCCUGAAUCCUCAUUUUGGCUCAGGAAACUAACAUUUACAAGUGGUUAAGCGGUGAAUUAAAUGUGGCUAUUUUGUAGACUCGUGUUUAGGAAGCACCUUUUAACCCUUUUCCUGUUUUAAAAAAAAAAAAAGCUCACUGCCAGUGCUCAUUUAAUUUUACAUAAACACACUUUUUGAGGCUGAAGCAAAUCUGACUUAUUUUCAAUGUAAAAAUAUAAAAACUGUUCUUGGAGUUAUUUCUAAAGAGAACUAACAUCAGAAUUCUACGAAUCAUCACAAUCAUCUAUUUUGGAGAGAUUGGAUUCAUCAAAUGAAUCUUCAGCCAACAAGUGUGGGAAAAUGAUGUUAAUAUCACACAAACGAAUGCUACGUUUUCCAGGAUUUAACAUUUCCAGUGAUCAAGAAUUACUAUAUUUUGUAAGUCGUUCACAGGUGGUUCUGCAUGAUACGCAGGGGCCACCCAAAAGCAGACAGCUGCAGCACUACAGCCCCUUUGAAGUCCUACAUCCCUGAAGGACAGCAAUGAAGGGAAAUCUUCCCAGUGGGCAGAACUUCAAGCAGUGCACCUGGUUGUGCACUUUGCAUGGAAGGAGAAAUGACCAGAUGUGUGAUUAUAUAGUGAUUCAUGGCCUGUAGCCAAUAUUUUGGCUGGAUGGUAAGGGACUUGGAAGAAGCAUGAUUAGAAAGUUGGUGACAGUGCUUUGCAGGGAUGGGGCAAAGUUCUCCAGAAGGCUGUGUAUACCCUGAAUCAGCGUCCAAUGUAUUAGUACUGUUUCUCUCAUAGCCAGGAUUCACAGUCCGGGAAUCAAGGGAUGGAAGUGGAAGUGGCACCACUCAGCAUAACCCCUAGUGAUCCACUAACAAAAUUUUUGCUUCCUGUUCCCGUGACAUCACUUUCUGCUGGCCUAGAGAUCUUAGUUCUAGAGGGAAGAACGCUGUCACCAGGAGACACAAUGACAAUUCCAUUAAACUGAAAGAUAGUCAUCUGGACACUUUGGGUUCCUCCUACCUUUAAGUCAACAGGCUAAGAAGGGAGGUACAGUGUUGGCUGGAGUGACUGACCCGAGCUAUCAAGAUGAAAUCAGUCUACUACUUCACAACAGAGAUGCUUCCUUCCCUUGAACAUCAUACUCCAAAUUCUUCCGUUUUGGAACUCGGGCUGGCUCUCUUUGCUCCUCAGCCUGCAGAUGGCCUGUUGUGGGACCUUGUGAUCACGGUACAAACAAGAAAUCUUCAUGCCUUUCUUGACAGAAGCUUUGCUCUCUAGAUAAUCUUCUACUUCACAAAGAUAAGUGGGACAAAACAAACAGAUAUUUGGCAACAGGACAGGAAGAGGGGCAUGAAGAACCGAAAGGAGAGAAGGCCAAGGGAGCUCACCUGGUUGCAGACAGGCUUGUACUUGAGUCCUGGCUUGUUGAGGAUCAUCUCCAGCUGCCUGCGGUUGAAGUUUGACACCCCAAUGGACUUGGCCAAUCCUGCAUCCUUACACUUCUCCAUGGCCUGUGGAGAAAGGGGUUGUGAGGAAUUAUUUGUGCAGUUGGCUGCAAAUCAUGAUAAAUGCAAGACAGAACUGUGAGAGCAACAACUUUCAAAGUAUGACAAUGAAAAUAGCUAGCAGUGAUUGUCAAGAACAGAAAAAUUCAAACAGCAAAUAGGGGAAGAAGAUAGAGGCAGCAAGAGUAAGAAUUUCUAUCUCUUCCUUAGGAAACUGGAUAGAUUAAUGCACAAGCAAGGAAAGAGAUUCCUGUCCUCCUUGCCCCCAAGUCUUGUGCCCCACUCUCUAAACAUUCCUUUUGUGUUUUUCCCUUCAUCUCACCAAAGCUACUCUUGUAAAGUUUCUGAAUUUCUAGAUCUAAUGGUGCAUAUUCCAUUCUUUCCUAUUGAACCUGGGAAACAGAUUUUCUCUUUUUGUCAUCCUUCUCUGUGUCCUCUCUGCCAAGCACUCACCUCCCAGGUGGUACAGAGAUCCACUAUGUCAAAUAUUACUUUUCCAUUUUCAUCUGUUGGUGAAAGUUCCUCACCUGGCUGAAAUAGAAGCAGUCAUUUUAAUGAUGUCACAAAUUAAUUUCUCCACUCAUAGCUGUAAUCCCAGGUACCUUUAAGGACACUAAUCCUCCAUGAGACAGGUGGUACAAUGCUCCAGAAAGUGAUAUGUGCUAAAUGUUUUACAUAUGAAGGUAUAAGGAAUGUAUUCAGGAGACAGGCUUCCUCUAAUCUCUUACAAAUAUUAUAUGUAUAGAAAAGGACCAUUUUCUAGGUCUUAAUCAAGUUUCAUAGUUGACUUAUGUCACUUUAUUCUGCCCUUAUAAUUUCCUCUAUUAAAGUACCUCUCUUUGAUUUGGAAAUACCUUGAUAUCCAAAAAUAAUGGAUUGUACUCUUGUACACGGUAGGAUUAUCAGACCACCUGAAGACUUGAUAGUCUUUGGGCAGGACUGUGAAUCACAUAGGGUCAGCAGAAGUUGGGAGACCCAGAGGUGUUGUCUUAUGGUGAUGACCAUGAGCCUUGAACUGCUCCAAAGCCAUAAUCGCCACCAGUGAAAAAGUUUGGGUCAACAAUAAUAAAAAAAAAGUGUUGGAGUUUAGAGAUAAGAAUAGACAAAUGAUACAUUUUUGUAGACUAUUUCAUAUCCUUAAAUGUAGCCAUGUCUUUGACUUCCCAUUUUAUAUAACUCAGUAAACUCUGUUGCAUUAACUAGCCUGAGUAGAUUUCUGUAACUUUAAAUCAAAAGUUAUACACUACACAGUAAUUCCUGGCUAAAUACAGCUUCAAACUCUAUUGUGAAAGAAGAGGCAGCAGAAUAAUAAAGCUUUGCAAGUCCACAUUAAGGGUUUCUAAUUUAAGAACCAUGCAUAGUGGCUUCCACCAAAUCUGCUUCAGCUUGAAAUGGGGAGAGAUGGUGGAAACUCAUUGUGCAUCACAUGUGCAGCAGUUUUACUGGGCACCACAACUGCAUGAAACUCUGUCUGGGAACAUCCCAAGAGAUGGACUCAAAAGCCACAACUAAGACAGUGCCUUGAAAGAGACUAUUGUAAUUUCAAGUUUUUGAGGAAGAGGCUUUGAGGUUGCUGUACUCUCUUCUCUUGUAGGUGUGCAUUAGAGAAGUAGGAUUCAAAAUUUACUCGAAAGAAAGGAAAUUAGGUGUUCCACUUACGGUUCUUCUUCUGUGUGAUAAUCCCUACAUCCUCCUAAUAAAAAGCUCUGUUCAACUAUCCAGAUAAACAAUGUUUAUAAUGACAGCAGAAGCGUAAUUUUAUGCUCAUACAAACUGCAUACCUUUAGAGACAUUGGAGAAUGAAUAAGAUAGAGGUCAACAUAGUCCAAUUGAGCUUUUUUCAGCGAGUUUUCCAAGGCUGGUCGGACCAACUCUGGUCGAUGAAAAGUGGACCAAAGCUGCAGAGGUUAAAGAAUGGAGGUGAUUUUGAAUGAAUGCUUGAGCAAAUCUUAUUACUUUGUGCCAUCUAAUAUUUAGAUAUUUUCCUACUGCUUCAAAAUUUAUGACCGCUGGCAAACAUAUUCUCUUCCUUCUCAUGAUUCCUUUGGCUCUGACCUAUCCUUAUAAACUUUAUUAUACAUUGGAUGUAUAGUUUGUACAUCUACUGAAUGAUAGGAGUAAAUUCUUAAAAUGUAAAAAUUAGUAUUAAGUAAUAACUAUGAUGUUACCUGAAUUAUCUUCAGUAGAGUUUACAACUCAUUUUAACAGUCUAAUUCUUCUAUCCAUUCAACCCAAUGCUUAAGAAUAGCUAUUUAUGUUGCUUAGAAACUAAAGCAACAUAAAAGGGGGGUAAAACAAGUUUUGAACAUGCUCACUAUGCUGGACACAAUUUAGGACAAUUUAAGUGUGUAUGAUUUAAUACUCCCAGAGCUUUCUUAUAUUGCUUUCUAUCUCACUGAUAAAGAUAGCAAUUGAGAGAAUAAUAAGAAAUCUUAGAAAAUCACCCAGGCGAUAAGAAAAACCAUAACAUGAUUAUUGUUCUCUGUGAUUCUAUAGCACAUGUCAAAUCACACUGAUGUCAGCUGAAGCUCAAAAAAGUAAAGGGACUUUCAGGUCAUAAAUUGGAACACAGCCAAAAUGAAAAGUGAUCAUCAUUCCUUGAUUUUGAUUUCAGUUUUAAUAUGUGAAUAUGUGUGAAUAAAUUUCAACCCAGAAGCAAAAUUCACCCACAACUACUCAUCCAGUCAUAGAAAUGUCAUCUCCACACAAUCACAAUAAAUACAUGUGCACACAAGCUCAUCAUAGACACAGUACCUUUGAAGUGUAGAAUAUGUCUUCUCUCUUCACACUGCCAUCUGCAAUCUUGCUUCGGAUGGCCAGUCCAACCUGCUCCUCAUUAUUGUAUAAAUGAGCAGAAUCUAUAUGGCGGAACCCAGCUUCUAUUGCUAAUUUUGUGACCUCCAAAGCUUUACUUCUCGGAACCUGGAGGAGCAACCAAAGGUAGUAUCUGGUGAUCAUUGUGGCUGAGAGGUAGUUCAGGCACAAGCAUUGACUUUUAUACAAGAAUCAGCUUUUCCUCCUGUCUGUAUGUGGGGUGAAAAGUCCAUCUCAGUUUGCCUGAGUCUUUCCUGGUUAGUAAUAAAGGUUGAGCAUCCCAGAAACACCUUCAGUCUCAGGCAAUCUCUGGUUGAUCACUGUUAUGGAGGUACUCAGUGAUUUGUUGGAAAAGUUAACAGGACUGAAAUAGUCCUAAUUAUUUUUAAUAUAGUGAUAUUAUACAUGGUAAAAAUCACAUGGAGUAUAGAAGGGAAACGGUGCAAGCUCAUAUGAGUUCUCUCCCAGUGAUAUUACACAGAAUGCUCACUCAGACUUCCUCCAACAUCGUAUUUGGGAAAUGCUGUCUACAAGAGAUGUUCUUUGGUGUCUCAGUUCUUGAGAUUUUGACUGGAUGCUAGUUACAUCGACCCAACUAGGGUUCACUUGGGAAAUAAAGCAUCUGUGAAUAGUA